AUGGGCUUUAUACAAGACUCAAAUUUCUCUUUGAAGCCCAGUGUUGCACUGCCACUGCUAGCGGUAUUAUCGGGGUUACUGUAUAUCGCAUACACCGUUAUUUAUAAUCUUUUUUUCCACCCUCUCAAAAAAUUUCCAGGUCCAAAACUCUGGGCUCUUCACUAUGGAUUCUAUGCUCGCCUUGAGCUAUCUGGCGAAGGCCAUCGAAGAAUGCUGAGAAUGCACAUGAAGUACGGCCCCGUUAUUCGAGUUUCUCCAAAUCAUCUAGCUUUCUGCCAUCCAGAUGCGAUGAAUGAUCUUUCAUCUCAUCGGAAGCCAGGCCAGCUUGAGAAUGGCAAAGAUGAAUCCCGCAGCUUGAGUGUCCCCCACAGCAUCAUUGGUGCAUCCCGUACAGACCAUUCUCGAAUGCGAAAAAGUAUGGCAAACGGAUUUUCUCAGCAGUCAAUGAUCAGUCAGCAGCCUCUGAUUAAAGUUUACAUCGAUAAAUUAUUUGAAAAGCUUGAAGAAACAAGCGUUAAAGGGGAAAAAAUUGAUGCGGUCGCGUGGUAUAAUUAUACGACUUUUGAUAUCAUUGGAGACUUAGCUUUUGGUGAACCAUUUGGGUGUCUUCAGGAGUCUACCUAUCAUCCUUGGGUAGAUCUCAUUUUUAAGAGCAUCAAGGGUAUAGCAUUUGAUUCAUCUUUUAGGCGCAUGGGAUAUCUUCAUGAUAUUCUAAUGUUGUUAACUCCCAAAUCGAUGAAAGACAAGUUCGAAGAACACAAAAAGCUAUCUGAAGAAAAAGUUAUGAAAAGGUUAAAGACGGAAACGGAUCGGAAAGACUUUAUAGCUUCCAUGAUAUCCAAAAAAGGAAAAGAUGAAUUAUCCUUUCAGGAGCUUACCGUCAACGCUGGUAUUCUAGUUAUUGGAGGUUCAGAAACGACAGCAACAGUGCUCUCUGCGGCAACGUACUUCCUUGGUGCUAACCCAGAGCCUCUCAAAAAGCUAUACGAUGAAGUUCGAUCUGCAUUUAACAGUGAAGAAGAGAUUGAUCUAUUCAGCGUUGGUCGCUUAAACUACAUGCUCGCUGUUUUGGAUGAAGCAAUGAGGCUUCACGCGCCGGUUCCAGCGACGACGCCACGAACUAUUAAUGAACAAGGUGACACCAUUGCAGGCUACUACGUGCCGCCGGGAACAAACAUUGAUAUCUGGUAUUGGACCAUGUUCCAUCAUGCUGAAUAUUGGACCCAUGCAGAAGACUUCAUCCCAGAACGAUGGCUAGGAGAUCUAAGAUUUGAGCAUGAUAAGAGACAAAUCUUCACUCCUUUCUCUGUUGGUCCUAGAAACUGUAUAGGGAAGAAUCUUGCUUAUGCCGAGAUGCGACUCAUCCUGGCCAAGCUUAUUUGGAACUACGAUAUUGAGCUUGCUGAAGAAAGUGUGGACUGGGAUAAGAGGUGUAGAUGCUAUAUACUAUACGAGAAGGGGCCUCUUUACAUAUACCUAAAGCCCAGGCAGGGUUGA